AAGACCCUCCCAUUUUGUGCCGUUGCUGGAUUGUGACUGGCACUGUCUGGUCAGAGGUUCCUGAUCAGGCAUUACCCUCAAUAUUCAGAUCCAGGGAAGAUCUGGUGCAUCUUUAAAAUGCCCCUGCCCAGGUCAUGAUUUUUAUUUUCUCGUGUCAUCCUCUUGAGGAGGGGAAAUGAUUGUAGUGGAACGUGUCACAAAUACGCCACUGCUCCGGAGCCUUCGCACUUCAGAAACGUUCCUAGGAGAGCAAAUUUAGCCCUUUGCUGUUUGUGUUCUGGAAUCUGCCUUGGUAAAAAGGGAAAUAAAAAUGACGACUUCGUCUAUCAGGCGGCAGAUGAAGAACAUUGUGAACAAUUACUCAGAGGCCGAAAUAAAAGUUCGGGAAGCGACCUCAAAUGACCCCUGGGGUCCUUCCAGUUCGUUGAUGACUGAAAUAGCAGAUCUGACCUACAAUGUUGUGGCCUUUUCUGAAAUUAUGAGCAUGAUCUGGAAACGACUGAAUGACCACGGCAAGAACUGGCGACACGUCUACAAGGCCCUCACUCUCUUAGAUUACUUGAUUAAAACUGGGUCCGAGAGGGUGGCCCAGCAGUGUAAAGAGAAUAUUUUUGCUAUCCAGACGUUGAAAGAUUUUCAGUACAUCGAUCGAGACGGGAAAGACCAGGGCAUCAACGUGAGGGAGAAAUCCAAGCAGCUGGUGUCCCUUCUGAAGGACGACGAGCGCCUCAAGACAGAGAGGGCCCAAGCUCUGAAGACCAAAGAACGCAUGGCUCAGGUGGCCACCGGGGUGGGCAGCAACCAGAUCACCUUUGGGAGAGGCUCCAGCCAGCCCAACCUGUCCACCAGCUACUCAGAGCAGGAGUAUGGGAAGUCUGGAGGAUCCCCAGCAUCCUACCAUGGCUCGACAUCCCCUCGAGUGUCCUCGGAGCUGGAGCAGGCGCGGCCCCAGACGAGCGGGGAGGAGGAGCUGCAGCUGCAGCUGGCGCUGGCCAUGAGCCGGGAGGUGGCGGAGCAGGAGGAGCGCCUCAGACGCGGAGACGAUCUGAGAUUACAGAUGGCUCUGGAGGAGAGUCGCAGAGACACAAUUAAAAUUCCCAAAAAGAAGGAGCACACCACUCUGUUGGACCUGAUGGAUGCCCUGCCCUCCUCGGCACCGGCCCCACCCAAAACCGAGCCCUGGGGACCUCCUGCUGCUGCUGCUGCUGCUCCUGCUGCCAACCAGACGGAUCCCUGGGGAGGAUCCACAGCUGCAGCCCCUGCCUCCGACCCCUGGCAAUCAUUUGGUGCCAAACCAGCUGCUUCCGUUGAUCCUUGGGCAGCACCAGCAGGAUCCACAGCUCAGCCUCUGGCCAAAAAUGUGGACCCUUGGGCUCCUGCUCAGCCAUCUUCUACUGCAGCAAAAUCUUCCGUGGAUCCUUGGGGAUCAGCACCUGCAAACAAACCUCUCUCCACUUCUGGAAGUACAUCUUUUGACCUCUUCAGUAAUUUGAAUGGUACAGUUAAAGAUGAUUUUUCUGAAUUUGACACACUUCGAACUUCCAAAAAGCCAGCUGAAUCAGGUUCCACUCUGCCAUCUCAGCACAGCGGUACCACGAGCCCCGAUCUCUUUGAGUCCCAGCACUCGAGUGCGACAUCAGGCAAACAAAGCACGGCCCGAAAAACCCCGGAGUCCUUCCUGGGCCCCAACGCUGCCCUGGUCAACCUGGAUUCUCUGGUGUCUAAGCCACCACAACCUGUUACUUCUCUGAACCCGUUCUUGGCACCAGGCGCCGCUACGGCAGCGACUCCAAUCAACCCCUUCCAGGUGAACCAGCCUCAGCCACUGACCCUGAACCAGAUGAGAGCCAGUCCCGUGAUGGGCAGCAGCCCCUCCUUCAGCGCCGUGCCCCCCAUGAGCAUGGAGCCAAUACCUCUGUCUUCCAUGGCGCCCGUGCCCGUGGGGAUGGCACCGCUGCCGGCCAUGGGCACCAUCAGGAUGGGCCAGGGGCUGAGCAUUGCAGGAUCGAUGCCCCAAGCUCUGCACAGUACAGGAAUGCCGCCGGCAGCCUCCCAGGCUGCAAAUACAACUAACCCUUUCCUCCUAUAAAGACCCAAAAUUAAAGGAACUUUUCUUUUCCUAGCGUUUCCAGGCUGAGAGUCUUUCCAGCGAAACGAACGUGGCCUGUGUGGACUGAACGGUGUGUGAGAGACUUGGAAGUAGAUUUUGCAGUUUACAGUUAUGAUCUUUGAAGAGUUGUCUCUACUUACCAGUUAAUCUAAAUCUAGUCUUUGCUACGGAUGGUACCUUACUUUGGCUUGUUGAGCAUCGUGUGAAAUGUUCGGAACUUUUCCACCAAAGUUAGAUUCUGCCCAUUUUUGUUACUUUGUUAAUCAUUUCAAACACACUUUCUAGGGAGAGAGCCCGCCGCCGUCCGGAAAAACUCCCUUGGCUAUUUUGUAGGUGUCAGAUCAUGUGCUGGAUUUCCGAAUUUACUCUUCCCCUGCAUCUGUCACUUCCUGUGCCCGUAAGAUAGACCUGAGAUUCCGAGUGCUAGUGAAUGUUUUUGCACAUAACUACACACAGUUCUAUAGACUGUUGGUUCACCCAUAGUCCUUACUUCUUAGAAGAGACCGACCCGGAGGGCCCGGGGGGGGCUUGGUUUUUAUGCAUUAAACAUCGCAAACUCGCA